AUGGCCUCUGGUGUGGCUGUCUCUGAUGGAGUCAUCAAAGUGUUCAACGACAUGAAGGUACGUAAGUCCUCCACACCAGAGGAGGUGAAGAAGCGCAAGAAGGCGGUGCUCUUCUGCCUGAGCGAAGACAAGAAGAACAUCAUCCUGGAAGAGGGCAAGGAGAUCCUGGUCGGUGAUGUGGGCCAGACAGUGGAUGACCCCUACGCCACCUUCGUCAAGAUGCUGCCGGACAAAGACUGCCGCUACGCUCUGUAUGAUGCGACCUAUGAGACCAAGGAGAGCAAGAAGGAGGACCUGGUGUUUAUCUUCUGGGCCCCUGAGUCUGCCCCUCUUAAGAGCAAAAUGAUCUACGCUAGCUCCAAGGACGCCAUCAAGAAGAAGCUUACAGGGAUCAAGCAUGAACUACAAGCAAACUGCUACGAGGAGGUGAAGGACCGCUGCACUCUGGCGGAGAAGCUGGGGGGCAGUGCUGUCAUCUCCCUGGAGGGCAAGCCUUUGUGA